AUGCUGCGACGUAACAGCUCUCGAAAGAAGAAUCGCCGUCCACUGAGUCGAAGCAAAUCCACCAAUUCUGUCGCCCGCAGUCCCAUCCGCGAUCUCGAAUCCAUCAACCCUGCCAGGGCUGAACGAGAUGCCAACAUUGCUGCUGUAGUGUCGUAUCAACGAGCUCAAGACAGAGACAGUAGUGAAGGAAUGCUAUUUCCACGGGACCCUGCGAGCUUCUAUCCCGACAGGAGUGAUGGCACUGGCAGCAUCAUCAGACACAGCCUGGAGCGGACUGACAGUGCUCUGAGCGGCCAUGGCAGUUCAAACAUCGCUCGACAGAAAAGCGUUCGCUUUACCGGGCCGUUAGCUCAUCCACGCAGGAAUUUUGCACCCAGAGCGAAUGGUGGAAGAGAUUCUCCGACAAAAGCAACUUCCGCGAUCCAUGCUUUCGGGAACGCAAACGCCAGACCCUCACCCACGCUGUCGUUCCAAGACGAACGACCAGAUAACUUCUCCCUUACCCGACGUUACCUAGAGACACUGCAGCUACCCGACUCGUGUUACCACCCAGAAGAAGAUGCUGCUUCGAUGGCUGCAACCUACAAAAAGGUCAGGAAGUCCCGGUCAAUGGUGACAUCCUCGCAUGCAGAGACAGGGACAAUUUCUAGCAAGACCUGGUCUGCAAGGACUCGCCAGCCGCCUCCAGUUCCUCGACGUCUACCUAAGAGUAGCGAAAAUGAACAGCUAAAGCCUGCGAUGCCCCCCAAUGCCAGUCUCAGAGCUUCUACGUCAAUGAGCUUCCUCAAAACCCGGCGACGGCUGGCGGCGUCACGCUCAAGCAGUCGUGGUGAUGAUCAUGAUCUGGCAGUUCAACUUGCUAGAGAGAAAUUUCGACAGAUACAGGAACAAGAUGCCAAAAAGAGCCAAUCGCCUACUUUGCUACGCCCAAAGCACACACAAAGCGAAAAUUCUCCCUUCCGAAAGUCGAUGCGCAAUAGCAGCAACCACACAGCAGUCUCGGCCCUUUCCACCAUCUCCGCUUCAAAGCAGAGAGGCAUCCGAAAGACGGCGCGCAAAGUGUCUCACGGGCUCAGAUCACGACUGCGGGGGCUUUUUGGCAGAGGAAAGAGUUCCGAGGACUCAGACAAGCAUGAACUCGAACAAGUCGCGGCGGAGAAUGAUUCGGAUGCAGAAAGUUGCUUGCACAACGGGGACGUUGAAGCGACCGAAGAAGCCUCUAUGUUUCAUGUUACAUCGCAUGUUCCUUCUUUGCACGACGUACCGUCCAACCAGCAGCUCAGGUCUCGCAAGGGUAGCGUUGAAAGCCUUGGAGACGGCGACCAGCAUAUUCCUGAUGACAAGUCUCGUGUCACCAGCUGGACGAACUCGAUGACAAAUACAGUGACAAGCCAUGGGACUACUGGAGACUGGGAGAGGCAGCGCCUCUCUGUGAUUAAAGAGAAUGGUACGCAUAUUCCGUCAUCAGCUCGAUCGAUCGAAUAUCUGGAGCAGCAAACUAGAGACAUGAUUGCAGACAUGUCGGUUGACAGCGAACGAGUCUACUCAGCCCUUAUGGAGCGACUCGCACGCAAGGAGCCAACGGAUAGGGUCCUGCAGUCUCAACCAGGCUCAGUCAAGUCUAGAGUAACGAACACCGGAGAUAGUAAUGGCCAAUCCAUCAAUAGACAAUGGGAUUGCUCCACCAUUCGGUGCGUUCGGCCUGAUGAUAACAUUUUCAGAGACAACAAAGAUCAUUCCUCUCGAAGUUCAAGCUCAGCCACUGAGGUCCCCGAGCACAAGAACAAGCACCAGCCCCAAGCCGACCACACCUCUACAGUCGAACACACAGAUGCACACACAGAUGCAUUGGAUUGGAGCGAUGAUAGGACUCACUCUGAGAGCGAGCGUACUAGUGUUCUACUCCAAGGCCUGGAACCUCACAAGACGAUCACCCAGAGGAGCUCUGCAUUUUUCGCAAGUCCUUCUUGUCAAUCGUUCCGUUCCCCAAGUCCUUAUCGUCGUGCUCUCAGGGCAAGCCAGAUGAACUCUGAAGAAGAACAAGACGCUUUCCAGGGAUCACGGUAUCUACACUCACUAUCGACCUUGUGCCUUCCUACGCGUCAAGACAGUAGCCCAUCUUCAGGUAAGGACCUGCAGGUGGGAGAUGCGGAAAGUGUUUACUCUUGUGUGGGUGAUGAUGCAAACCCGGUGCUUUCAGCUUCGGAGAACACCGCGGGACAGAAUGAGACCUGCAUCUACAAUGAUCCCGUACCGCCAUUAGAGAUUCCUGCCCGACUGUCAUAUCGUCAACACCAACGAGAUACAUCGACAGCCAGUUCUGUAGAAUGGAAGACCUGGCUUAGUUCAAAAGUGUCACAGCUCGAAGCACCAUUGACACCCAGCAAGCGAGAGAAAUGGAAUGACGUACUUCCAACACUGGGUCACGUUAGAGAACACGCUUCUAUAGGUUCAACACCUGAGCAUUUCACACCUACGAAGGAUGGGACACCGAAUCGCAGCCCUCUGAGCAACGUCAAGGGUAAUGCACAAAUCUUUCAAGGAGGAGGCAGCCCGACGCGAUCAACGCGGCAAGUCUUGAUAGGGUAUGACGAGAACGCAGCACCGAGUUACAAAGCCAAUACUUAUACCAAGGGGCGGCCCCCAUCUAUACCGCCCAGGAGCACGUUGCGAGCGGUGCCAUCUCUGCCAAGUGUCGGCUCAAGAGGAUACAUCCCAGAUGCAGGAUUGGUGAAGGAGAUGCCGCGUAUGCGAUCACUAAAUACAAUAGGACGUCUCAAUUCGACCCCGGAGGAGUCUAUCAAUAAGAGACGGUCCCGGACACGAGUGACUGGUUGGCAAGCCUCACCAACCAAGUCAAGCCCUGGGGUUCGUGCCCAACCUCCCCGAACCGGAUCACCUGCGCUUCGAGGAGACUUUGGCUUGAAGUAUCCGAUCAGACCUCAGGCAGCAGAGAGGCAGCAGGGAGACACGUUGAGGGACCGAGAGUCUGAUGCUCAAGCGAUGGGCAGCAAGACGAUGGUGGAUCUGUUUUUGAGUAGCCGGCGGAACCAAGGAGACGGUAGGAGUAGUGGAUUUGGUAGUUCACCAGCAGCGUUUCUUUGA